AUGCAAAGGGAAUCUGAAAAUUUAUCCAUAUUUGAUAAUUUUAAUAUACCAGACAAAAAUAUAAAAAUAAAUAAUAAAGAUGACACAAUUAAAGAUAUGAAUAUUCAUAAAUCAGAAUCAGUUGAGAGCAAAACACAAAAUAUGAAUCCUAUAGACAGUAAAAUACUUACUUUGAAUAAUAUAAAUGAUGAGAAGGAAAAAAAUGAAAUAAUAAUAAAUGAUAGAUAUAAAUUUGAAAAACGAGAAGACGAUAUGUAUAAUAUGACUGUGAGUAAUAUAUAUAAAACUUGUAAUCAUAUAGAAAAUAUAUGUUCACAAAAAAAUUAUCAAUGUGUAGGUAUUCAAUCAAGUAUUAAAGAUACAAAAAAUAUAAAACAUAUAGAUAAUACAAAUUAUAUGACAAAUAAUAAAAAAGACCAUUCUUUAGAAUAUAAAAAUGAUUAUAUUAAUACAUUUCUUUGUAAAAAAAACUUAUGUGAAAAAAAAAAAAUUCAAUAUUUAAGAAAGAAGCAGAAUAGGAAACAUCCUGUUCAUCCAAUUAGUGACACAAAUAUGAUUAGAAUGGAAGACAAUAAUUUUUCAAAUGAUUUAUAUGAACAAAUUAAUAUACUUGAUAAUAGCAUUGCAAGUAUAAAUAGUAAGUUCAAUAAUUUAAAAGAAAAACUAUAUAUACAUAAGAAUAAUGAUGAAAUAGAACUAUUUACAAAUAAUAAUUUAAAUAAUGAUCAUACUAAAAAAUAUUCAAAUUUAUACAAUAAUACAAACCAUUUUCAAAACAAUAAUAAGAAGAAUAAACAAAAAAAGAAUAAGAAACAAAUAAAUAAUAUAAUUCCAUAUCAAAAUUUUUAUAUGCCACCAUCAAAUAAAUUAUAUAAUAUUCAAAAUUGGGAUAAACAAAAAAAAAAAAAGAAAAAAAAAAAUGAACAAAUAAAACAUCAACAAAUGAAAUAUCAACCAUUUCAUAAUUUAUAUAAACAAAUAAAUAUUAUUAACAAUCAAAUUCAUUUUAUAAACAAUCAAAUGAACAACAAUAUUAUUAAAAAUAAAAAAAUUAGUAACUUAUCAGAUAUAUCUCCAAAAUCUAUUAAUCCUUAUAUGGAAUAUGAAAAGGAAGAAGAAAACAAUGAAUACAAAGACAAUAAUAUCUUCUCCUCAUAUUUUACACAUGCAUAUAAUAAAAAAAAUUCCUUAAAAAAAUUUAAAAUCAUAAAUAGAAGUACAUCAAAGAAAAUUAACAAACAACAAUCAUGCAGAAUAUAUAAAAAAAAAAAAAAUACAAAAAAAAAUGGUAAUAAUAUAAAUAUUCGAUAUUUUAAUACUAUACAUUUUUUGAAUUAUUAUUAUAAUAUAGAUCAUACAAACAAAGAACAAAUAUAUAAUCUUCAUUCAAAUCAUGAUAUGGAUAUUAAAAAAAAUGGUCACCAUUCUUAUAAUUUAAACAUAAAAAAUAUAAAACAUACAAACAAAAAAAAAUAUAUAACCAAUCAGAAGGAUCAAAGAUUUAUGUAUCAAGAUCAUACAUUUAAAAAACGUGUUCAAGACAAAAAAAUGAUUUGUUUAAAUAAAAAAUUCAUGACAUCUAAAAUAUUAAAAUCGAAGAAUCAUAUAUUAAACGACAACCUUACAAAGGAAUGCGAAAAUUAUUUUGACCAUUCAAAAAAAAGUAAUAAUAAGAUCGAAGAAAAUAAUAAGUUUACAUAUAAAAUAGAUCAUAAUAUAUGUUCAAAUAAUAACAGUAAUAAUAUUCAAUAUGAAACAGAAGUAACCAAAAUAAAUAAUAAAUAUAAAGAUGCUCUAAAAAAAUGGAGAUAUGACCUUACACAUAAAAAUAAAGGAAAUAAAAGAAAACCAAAAAGAUGUAAUAAACAAGAAAAAUUUAAUGUUAAUAUAAAGAAACAUAUUAAAAAGAAGGAGAACAAAAAAAAUAAAAAAAAUAAAAAAAAUAAAAAAAAUAAAAAAAAUAAAUUUUAUAAAUUUGGUAAUAUAUAUAAUUAUAUGGAAAAUAAGGUGAAUAAUAACAAGUGCAAUAAUAAAGAAAGAAAAAUAAAAAAUAAAAUAAAAAGUGAGAUAAAAGGUGAGAUAAAAUGUGAGAUAAUAAACAAUAAAAUGACAAAAAAUAAUAAAAAAAAUAACAACAACAUUAACAAUGAUACUAAUGAUCAUACUUAUAAGCAUAAUAACCAUAGUGAUAUCCAUAAAAAACAGACCCAUAAAAAUGAUAAUAAUAAUAAUAAUAAUAAUAAUAUAAACCAGUCAAUAUGUCAUAUUCAAUCUGAUUCUGCAUAUAAUAAUUCAUGUCAUAAAAUAAAUAAAGAUCAUUGUAAACCUUUAGUAUAUGUUUUUAAAAAUAAAAAAAAAAGAAGAAGAAGGAAAAAAAAAAAAUUAUUCAAUUAUCAAGAAAGUAUAACAACCCCACCAUAA